AUGGGCAAAAUAUUCUUUUUAAUAAUCGUCAUCAAUCUAAACUCGUUUAUUUCCUGUGCAAUCAUACCAAAUCAAACUUCUCUUACACCGCCACUAUUAUUAUUAAUCUCUCUUGACGGCUUUCGUUGGGAUUAUCCGGAUAUUUAUCAACUGCCAACGUUUAACUCCUUGGUUCAACGUGGUGUGCGUGUGAAGCAUAUCGAACCUAGUUUUGUCACUGCAACAUUUCCUUUACAUUGGACAAUGAUUACUGGCUUUCAUGAAGAAAGCCACGGCGUUGUUGGAAACGUUAUGUACGAUCCUGAAUCACAUGCAACAGCUGGAUACGGAGCUUUGAACGAUACGAAAUGGUGGGCACAAAAUCCGCAUAUUGAACCGAUAUGGAUUGGGAAUCAAUUAGCCAACGAUUCUCUUCACCGUCGAUCGGGUGUAAUAGCAUGGCCGGGUUCUAAUGUACCUAUCAAUGGCCAUUUGCCAUCUCGACGGCUUCCCUUCGAUUUUAAUCGAACUUGCCGUACAGUGAUGCAGCAAGCAUUUGAAUGGUUUCGCGAACCUCCGGAAACGCGUAUUAAUUUUGGUGCUAUCUAUUGUUUCGAACCUGAUCGAACCGGUCAUGCUCAUGGCCCGUUGUCCAGUGAAAUGAAUCAGACACUACAUCAAUUGGAUAAAGAUCUCAGUGAACUUCUGCAUCUGAUCGAUGCGGACCCAUACUUAAAAACAAAUUUGAAUGUAAUCGUCACCGCUGAUCACGGCAUGCAUGAAGUGAAAGCGAAUCAGAGAAUCAAGCUUGAUAAUUAUAUCGAUUCUACUUUGUACAAAGCCUAUGGCAGCCGUAUAUUCUUGAAUCUAUUCAUUCCNAAAAAAACACAGUAA